AUGAAUUUUCUAUUUGUUUUUGCACUAUUGUUGUCAGUUGCUGCAGCGGCUUUUUCUCAACAACCAGUGACACCUAGAAGAGAAGAUGCAGUACCGGUGAUUACCAGAAAAGUAGCUAGAGUUAUUAUUAACAGAAAUCCACCAGUGGUUGCCACUAAGUUCGUAAUUUUUUUUGCCUCACUUUUGGGCCUUACUUAUGCAGGCUACCUAGGAGAACCAUUAGGCUACCACGCACCUCUUGUAGCUGCCCCAAUAAUCAAGACUGUAGUACCUGUAGCUACAUCUUACCAAAAUAUUGUACAAAUUUCUGCAGCUCCAGUUCCAAUAGUAGUCAAAGCAGCUCCCGUAUCUUAUGCUCACGCACCGGCUAUAGUCAAAGGUCCUCUGUUGGCAGCUCCUUUGCCUUAUAGCUAUCAUUAAAAGCAACGACUUACCUGAUUUUAGUAUAAGUAGGCAAUACUGCGAUAUGAAUAAUAAAUAGUUUUUGUAAUAAAGAUAAUAAUAUACAAAGUUAGGAAAUAUAGGUUUUUUUUAUUAUGUAAAGUCUCAAUUAGAAAGUGGCCCUUCACAAACUAGCACAUUUUGAAAUAGUCUAGGAGGCAGU